AUGCUGCGUUAUUCAGAGUUAGCAAAAAGCACCCGAAGAAGUUCUCUCCAAACUGGGUUGAAUCAAUCAAGUGUAUUACAGAAGCCGUCCGACCUCAAAACGUUACCAGGUGAAAUUUAUACGCCAUCGGAACCACCUGCAUGCGGUCUCCUCAUUGACGUUGGCAAAGAGUAUCUACUGGCAGGUAAAAUCCACAACGGGACGCUGCUCACGGUGCUCUGCGGUCAGGUGCUUGUUGAUAAUCCGGCGGAAGAACUCUACGAGAAUGUGCUUGAAUGGAAGAAAGUGCCCAAACAACUACAAGAGAAACUUACUACUUUCAAAUGUUAA